UUAAACGUCAUCUGCAACUUGAAUUUGAUUGUUGAAAAGAUAUUUAUUUUAUUGGUUAACCGUUUAGAUGAGUUAAUUACUUGCUUAUUAUAAGUUGCUUUGGAGCACUUUUCAGCAAAAUGAGUUCAUUAAUGUCAUUUGUUUUGAUUAUUUUGUCAGCUUUCUUUGGAGAAGACAAUAUUGACCAAAAGCAACUAACUGAACCACUCCAAAAGUACAAUCAUUUAUGUGGAGUCAGCCUAGAAUGGCCAAACGGGAAUGAUCGUAUCGUUGGUGGAAGAAUCGCUCUUGAUGGUGAAUUCCCAUGGCAAGUGUCAAUUCGUCGUCAAUCACCGAUUCGAGGAGAUUUUGUGCACAUUUGUGGUGGAUCAAUCAUUUCAGAUCAAUGGGUAUUAACAGCAGCUCAUUGUGUUAAAGGAGUUUACGAAUCAAAUUUUCUGGUUGUUGCCAAUGCAAGCAAAUUGUCUGAUUCAAUCGAACGGAAUUUAAGUCACCGGAUAUCAAAGAUCAUUGUCCAUCCAAAUUAUGAUGAAGAAACAAAUGCCAAUGACAUCAGCUUGAUCAAAUUGGAAACCAAACUGGACUUAGGAAAGUCUUAUGGUCAUAUGGUACCAGUUUGUUUACCCAAACCAUUCAAUGGCCAAGGACAGUUUAACAAUAAGGAUUCAAUUAAUUUUGUUACCGUUUCUGGUUGGGGAUCAACUGAUGAAGACGGUUCAAAUUCAAUAAACCUUUUAGCAACUGAAGUGGCCAUGGUUGAAAUGGAAAGCUGUAAUUCAACUUACAGGGGAAACAUUCCUAAAGGUUUCAUCUGUGCUGGUUUAUUUGAAGGAGGAAAAGAUUCAUGCCAAGGUGAUUCGGGAGGACCUAUGAUUUAUCGUGAUUCAAACAACCGUGCCCAUCAAAUUGGUAUUGUUUCUUGGGGCGAAGGAUGUGGACGCAAAGGAAUACCCGGUGUUUAUGUUGAUGUCAACUAUUAUGUGGAUUGGAUCAACACGGUAGUCAAAAGUAAAGUCUGUUUACGUUUUUCAGCCUGUUACUAUAGUUCAGUUUUUCUGCGAACAAUCGUGACAAUGAGUGAUUCAUCGAGCGAAUCAGAAGACGAAAUUGUUUCUUAUAAAAUUCAUAUGUGGGAUCUGAACCAAUGCGACCCAAAAAGAUGUACCGGUCGUAAAUUGCAACGACACAAUUUGAUGAAAACUCUGAGGUUAGGGCAAAAAUUUGGUGGCAUCAUAUUGAGCCCUAUGGCGACCAAAAGUGUCUCACCCGAGGACAAAGAAAUUAUUGAGCAACAUGGCAUUGCAGUUGUUGAUUGCUCUUGGGCUAAGCUCGAAGAGACUCCAUUUCAUCGGAUGAAAGGACCAAAUAUGAGACUGUUGCCCUAUCUUGUUGCAGCAAAUCCAGUCAAUUAUGGAAAACCAUGCGAACUAUCUUGUGUCGAAGCUAUAGCAGCCUGUUUUAAGAUUGUUGGCCUGGAUAAAGCCGCUUCUUAUUAUUUAGGGAAAUUUAAGUGGGGUCAUAGUUUUUUAACGUUAAACGACGAGAUCUUCGACAUGUACAAAGACUGUAAAAAUUCGAAAGAUGUUGUCGAUGCGCAAAAAAUUUACCUGUUGAAAAUUCGUGAAGAAGCCGAGAAAUCUUCUUCAUCCUCCUCUUCUUCGGAUGAAUCAGAUUCAGAAUCUGAAUCGGAAACCAAUCCUGAGACUCAGUUGACCGAAUCUACUGUCAAACUUGAUUUGAAUGCGUGAAUUCAACACAUUUUGCAAUUCAUAAACAAAUAAAUGAAAAUAUUUUCAACUUGAAA